UCUCUCUCUCUCUCUGCGAUGUUCUCUAUCACCGUGGCGGAGACUCUACUCGCAAAAGACCAUCGAGCUGCCUGAUUGUACCCGCCAAAGGCUCUCCAGCAGUCUGGAUUUUACCCGCUAAAACUCUAGUCUCCCUCCCUUCUCUCUCACUCAAAACUCUCUCUCUCUCAACUCCCCCUCUCUCUCUCCCUCUCCCUCUCCCUCUCGAUCGAGCCCGCUUCGCGAGGCUUUAGAGAAGAAGAAGAAGAAGAAGAAGAGACAGGUUCGGAUGACACAACGCCUUUGAUUUCAGGAUGUAUAUAAAGCAGGUUAUUAUUGAAGGGUUUAAGAGCUACAAAGAACAAAUCGCAACAGAACCGUUCAGUCCAAAAGUCAAUUGUGUUGUUGGUGCAAAUGGUUCUGGGAAGACAAACUUUUUCCAUGCAAUACGUUUCGUCCUUAGUGACCUCUUCCAGAACCUGCGCAGUGAAGAUAGGCAUGCCCUUCUCCAUGAAGGAGCAGGCCACCAAGUGGUGUCAGCCUUUGUGGAGAUAGUGUUUGAUAAUUCUGACAAUCGCAUCCCAGUUGACAAGGAAGAAGUGCGCUUGCGCAGGACAAUUGGUCUGAAAAAAGAUGAAUAUUUCCUGGAUACAAAACACAUCACGAAAACAGAAGUUAUGAAUUUGCUAGAGAGUGCUGGUUUCUCUCGCUCCAAUCCAUAUUAUGUUGUUCAGCAAGGGAAGAUAGCGUCGUUGACAUUAAUGAAAGACUCAGAACGGCUGGACCUGCUGAAGGAAAUUGGUGGCACCCGAGUUUAUGAGGAGAGACGUCGUGAGAGUUUGAAAAUUAUGCAAGAAACUGGUAACAAGAGGAAGCAGAUAAUUCAAGUUGUUCAGUAUUUGGAGGAGAGGUUGAGAGAGCUGGAUGAAGAGAAGGAAGAACUGAAAAAAUAUCAGCAGCUCGACAAGCAGCGACGGUCCCUAGAGUAUACCAUUUAUGACAAGGAACUUCAUGAUGCUAGGCAGAAAUUAGGGGAGGUUGAAGAGGCUCGGACCAAGGUUUCUGAGAAGUCAAAGAAUAUGUAUGAUAGUGUGCUGGAUGCCCAUGACAAGUUCAAGCAAUUGGAGAAGGAGUUUAAAUCUUUGACCAAAGAUAUUCAAGGUUUGAACAAAGAGAAAGAGGCGAUGGAGAAGCGGCGAACUGAAAGGAUAAAAACGCAUGCACAGAUUGAAUUUGAUGUCAAAGAUUUGGGAGAGAAAAUUUCUGGGGAUAUCCGAGCAAAGGAGGAGGCUGUGAAGCAGCUUGAGAGCCUGAAGAGAGAAAUUGAGGAAUCCAGAUGUGAACUUGAUGAAAUCAGACCUGCACAUGAGGCUCAAGUGAUUAAGGAGGAGGAAAUUACAAAAGAAAUAAUGGAUCGUGAAAAGCAGCUUAGUAUCUUAUACCAAAAACAAGGGCGUGCGACCCAGUUUUCCAGCAAAGGUGCUCGAGACAAGUGGCUUCAAAAGGAAAUUGAUGACCUUCAACGUGUUCUUUCAUCAAAUUUGGUGCAGGAGAAGAAACUUCAGGAUGAAAUUCAACAGCUUGAUGACGAAUUGAAAGAGCGAGACAUAUACAUUGAAGGACGCAAGGCUGACUUGCAGAAGCAAGAGUCUCUCAUCUCCAAGUGUCUUGAAGAUUUUAGUAGUUUGAAGAUACAGAGGGAUGAACUACAAGAUACUCGGAAGUCUUUAUGGAAGAAAGAGAGUGACCUCUCUGCUGACAUUGAUAGGCUGAAAGCAGAUGUUGUGAAGGCAGAGAAGAGCCUGGACCAUGCUACUCCUGGUGAUAUUAGAAGAGGUUUGAAUUCUGUCAGAAGGAUUUGCCGGGAUCACAAUAUUGGUGGAGUGUUCGGUCCAAUUUUCGAGUUGAUUGAUUGUGAAGAUAGAUUCUUCACUGCAGUUGAAGUUACCGCUGGAAAUAGCUUAUUUCAUGUGGUGGUUGAAACAGAUGAAAUAUCAACGAGGAUAAUUAGAUACCUUACUGCAGAAAAAGGUGGAAGGGUUACUUUUAUACCAUUGAACAGGGUGAAGGCUCCCCAUGUAGCAUUUCCACAUCGUGCUGAUGUGGUUCCUCUGUUAAAGAGACUGAAAUUCUCUUCUGUUUAUGCUCCAGCUUUUGCACAGGUCUUUGGUAGAACGGCAGUUUGUAAAGAUUUAGAUGUGGCCACGAAGGUUGCUCGCUCUGAUGGUCUGGAUUGCAUCACUUUGGAAGGUGAUCAAGUAAGCAAGAAAGGUGGCAUGACAGGAGGAUAUUAUGAUGAUAGGCGGUCCAAACUGAAAUUUAUGAAUAUAAUUAGGCAGAAUACAAUGUCUAUCAACACGAAGGAAGUGGAACUCGAGAAAAUUAGAAACUUUUCCCCACAGAUAGACCAGAAAAUUACUAGAUUGGUUAGUGAACAACAGAAAAUGGAUGCCAAGAGGAGUCACGAUAAGUCAGAGUUGGAACAACUUAAACAGGAUAUUACGAAUGCUAAUAAGCAGAAGGCGUCCAUUUUCAAAGCUCGUGAAAAGAAGGAAAAAUUGCUUACAAAUGCCCGUGGUCAAAUUGAUCAGCUCAAAGCUGGCAUUACUAUGAAGAAGGCUGAGAUGGGAACAGACCUUAUUGAUCACUUAACACCAGAGGAAAAAAAACUUCUUUCACGUUUGAAUCCUGAAAUUACAAAGCUGAAAGAGAAGCUUAUUGAAUGCAAAACAAACCGCAUAGAGACUGAAACUAGAAAAGGCGAGCUAGAGACUAAUCUGGCUACAAACCUUGUAAGGCAAGAACAAGAGUUGCUAUCCAUAAUUGACUCUGGAGAUGACACAACAUCAUCUGCAGAAUUAGAACAGAAAAGGCAGGAAUUAAAGGAAGCUAAAGCAUCUGUUAAUGAGGCAACACAGCAGCUCAAAGGGGUUGUGGAAAAGAUAGACAGUCUCACAAAGAAAACAAGGGGGAUUAAAAAUGCCAAAGAUGAAUUGAAGGCCCUAGAAGACAACUAUGAGCGUACACUUCAGGAUGAAGCCAAAGAAUUGGAACAGUUAGUAAAUAAAAGGACCAUUCUUCUUCAGAGGCAAGAAGAUUUUAUGAAGAAAAUCAGGGAUUUGGGUUCAUUGCCAUCUGACGCUUUUGACAUGUAUAAGAGGAAGAGCAUCAAAGAGCUGCAGAAGACGCUUCACAAGUGCAAUGAGCAACUAAAGCAGUUCAGCCAUGUCAACAAGAAAGCACUUGACCAAUAUGUUAAUUUCACAGAGCAGCGAGAAGAGCUACAGAAGAGGCAAGCUGAACUGGAUGCAGGUGAUGAGAAAAUUAGAGAGCUAAUUUCAGUCUUGGAUCAAAGGAAGGAUGAAUCGAUUGAACGGACAUUUAAAGGUGUAGCUAGGCAUUUCCGAGAAGCAUUCUCUGAGCUUGUUCAAGGCGGCCAUGGUUUCUUGGUUAUGAUGAAGAAAAAGGAUGGUGAAGUUGGUGAUGAUGAUUAUGACGAGGAUGGGCCUCGUGAUGCAGAUCCUGAGGGAAGGGUUGAAAAAUACAUAGGUGUAAAAGUGAAGGUUUCUUUCACUGGACAAGGGGAGACUCAGUCAAUGAAGCAACUAUCUGGUGGUCAGAAAACCGUUGUGGCGUUGACACUGAUCUUUGCCAUACAGCGUUGUGAUCCUGCACCAUUUUAUCUAUUUGACGAGAUUGAUGCAGCAUUAGAUCCCCAGUACAGAACUGCUGUUGGAAAUAUGAUCCGCCGCCUGGCUGACAUGGCUAAUACUCAAUUUAUUACCACUACGUUCCGGCCAGAGCUUGUAAAAGUUGCAGAUAAGAUAUACGGGGUGACACACAAGAACAGAGUCAGCCGUGUCGAUGUUGUUUCCAAGGAAGAAGCUCUAGAUUUUAUCGAGCACGACCAAUCCCACCAAACCGACUAAAGGUGAGAACCUCUGAAUAUGAAAGUGCCUGCUACAUUUUCGCAUGUUGCCUGCAUGCUUAUGUUUGCUUGUGCAUACAAAUUGUAUUAUGUUUCUCUGGAUCUUGGAAUUUUUUAAGGAUUGUCGGUGUCCUUGGUUUCUUUAACCAGUUAAAACAUGUCGUAUGAUCUGGAUCUUGGAUUACAUGUAAUGAUUGUGAUACAGUUAGUGUUGAACAAUGAAAUUCCUUUUUCAUGUCUCA